AAAACGAGUGAGCAGGAAACAGAGAGCGAGAGAAAGCUGGGCAAAGAAAGUCAGAGAUUUAUAGAGAAGCACCAACAAAUUGCUAGCAAUUUAAAAAACAAAAAAAAUAUACGAAAAAACACAAAAGAGGGGAACAUGCUUUCACUACGUCCUUUGUCCAAGCUGCAGACACUACGUUCGUCAUUGUGCCGUAGUGGUGGUCCGGCCGUAGUGGCCGCUGGUUCAAUUCAACGUCAAACUCAUCACGAUGGCACACGUCUAAUGAGCGGAGAUCGUGAAGUUGUUGGCUAUGGUAUCAAUGGUUCACCCAUUUAUAUCGAUUGCGUCGAGUUUCCGUUUCCGGCCAUUCGCUACCGCGAAGUGACACCGGAACUUUGCGCUGUACGUGAAAAGGAAUUGGGCGAUUGGAAGAAUCUGUCGUUGGAGGAGAAGAAAUCAUUAUAUCGUCAUAGUUUCUGUCAGACCUAUGCCGAAUUUCAACAUUUCACCCCGGACUGGAAACUGGUACUGGGCAUUGGUUUUUGGUCCAUUGCCAUUGGCAUUAUGAUGACCAUCCUGUAUAAUACCAAGAUAUAUGAUCCGUUGCCAGAGACCUAUGACGAGGAUCGUCGUCAGGCGCAAUUGCGUCGCAUCAUUCAAUUGCAAAUACAACCAAUCACUGGAAUCUCAUCCAAAUGGUGUUAUCAUACCAAUACAUGGAAGUGAAUGAUACACCAACACCAACACACACACACCAACCCUCACACACACUAACAUCUUCACUCUUCAUAAGCUUCCUACACUAAAUGAACAGAAAAUGAAAUGCCGUUUAAUAGGAACAUUUGAUCACACUAUCUUCUCAUUUUCGAAAACUUGUAUUAAAUUCUACACAGCCAAUAAAUGUUCAAGUUCGAUGAAACCGAAAAUAAAUCUUCAAUUUAUUUAAAAUCACA